GGGAGUGUCUGGCUGCCCCCGCCCCUCGAGUGAGCGCCUGGGCGCGGAGGUCCCCUCCCUCCCUCCUCGCUCGGAGCCGGCCAGCUCCCGCUCGCUCCCUGCCCACUCCCGGGGCGCCGUUCCGAGGCGCGGCCGCUGCGGCCACAGCUUCUUUCACACUUUAGUUGCGAGCCGCGCGCCGCGCUCAGUGACUGGAGAGAGCUGGCCGCGCGCCGCCUUCCCGCACGCACGCACGCGGGGCCCGGCUCCGGGGUUUUCUGGUUUUACUCCAGGCGGCGGGGAGGAGGGGGAGCCCCGGCCACACUGUAGGGAGAAGGAGGAGAAGGAGGAGGCGGCGGCGGCGGAGGAGGAGGCCGUGGAGGAGGGAGGAAGAGAAGAGGCGAGGAGGCCAGGGGCGGGGGGCGGGGGGCUUGCCACCUUCAGCCCCCCCCCGCGAGCGCCCAAGGUGUACAGCGCACACUGUUACCAGCACAGCCGCAGGUGGAUUUCCUGUGUGCUUGAAGAGAGAGAAAGCAAUGUCCCCGUGUCUGUAGAGAUGAUUAGCAGUCCAGCCCAGCUGAAGCUGACCGAAUGAGACUAUGGGCUGUGCCUCUGCCAAGCAUGUCGCUACUGUUCAAAAUGAAGAGGAAGCACAGAGAGGGAAGAGCUACCAGAAUGGGGAUGUGUUUGGUGAUGAGUAUAGGAUCAAACCGGUGGAAGAGGUCAAAUACAUGAAAAACGGAGCAGAAGAGGAGCAGAAAAUAGCAGCCAGGAACCAAGAAAACCUGGAAAAGAGUGCCAGCUCAAACACAAGGCUUAAAACUAAUAAAGAAAUCCCUGGAUUAGUUCAUCAACCCAGAGCAAACAUGCACAUCUCUGAAAGCCAACAAGAAUUCUUCAGAAUGCUGGAUGAAAAAAUUGAAAAGAAAACCAAGAAGGAGGAAGGAAACAUGAACCUCCUAAUCCAGCAAGCAGCAGCACAUCCCUGUGGAGAGGAAGAAAAGCAAUCAUGGUAAAACUCGGCCACCCUCUCCGUCUACAGUGGGCCUAGUCUAUGGGGCAGUUAAGAGUGGUAAGCAACAUCCUGCACUUGUCCACUGUGACCAGUAAGGCUGGUCACCAUCCUUCGGGGGAAGUGGAGAGGCAUCUGUGAUCCAGUGAAUAAGCUGAUGGUCCCAAGGCUCUUGCUGUCAAUCAAGUCAAAGGGAUAUGACUUGUCUUCCCAAAUGUCCACCUCUAGAGUAAACUCUGCCUCCUCAGCUUAUAAAGGUUUUACAAAAUUUGGGAUCACAUCUCUCUCAUGGGGCAAAUGAAUUCAAAUCGAGAUUUGCUAGUUGUAUAGAAUGAGCCUCGGGGAGACCCAUAAAGCCUCCACCCACCGAGCAAGUUGUAUAUUAGAGUUCCUGUCUUGGACUGAGAAACUGAUAAGACACUAAAAUUAAGAAUCUCUUAGAAUCAAGCUCAUCCAGGUAACCUGGAAACUGUUCACAAAAAUUUACUGCACAUCUAUUUAUCACCAAAAAAAAAAAAAUUGAACAGGGAAAUUUUAAGAAAGAUAAUGCCCAGUGGAUAAAGAGUGAAAUGGAAACAUGCCUUUCACAGGAUAGAAACCACAGGAGAAUGAGGUGUAGACGGCGAAGAA